AUUCACUUUGCUUCUCCCUUAUCAAUUUUCAUUAGAUGAUCUCUCUCCCCUUCAAUGGGGAAUAACAACCAUGACUGCAGUCCUUUCUUAUUUUCCUCUCCACCUUAUUUUCCAUUGUCCUCUCCUCCUUAUUCACUGUCAUCGUCUCCUCCGUUAUCUCCAAGUCCAGAUUCACCUUUUGAAUCUUCCUCAAGUCUUCCCCUACAUACUGGCCAAUCUUCUUCAAUUUCUUUCCAUCCUUCUGCUGCUAAUCUUCGGCCAUGCGCUGCCUGCAAAGUCCAUGGUCAGAUAUGCACUGACAGGUGUUAUGUAGCUUCCUGCAUACCACCCACUGAUUCACACAAAUUCACCGUCGUUAAUGGAAUAUUUGGAACUACCAAUAUCAUCAGCUUCUUGCAGAAUAACAGUUCAUCGUCAUAUGUUCCACUGUUAUUAUUGUUGAGAGACACAAAUAAUCAAGAUGGAGAACUGAAGUAGACAAGUACUCGAGCAUCUGAAAGUCUUAUCUGCUGCUUCUAAUGGGGACCGAGCUUUUUAUAAUUGGAGAAAACAUGGGCAAAAGCAAGUAAAAGGAAGUGUGUAUCCGCUUAGCUACUACAGGUGCACACAUCCAAAUUGUUUAGUGACAAAGAAGGUUGUAAGAUCAUUGGAUGGGUAUAUUGCAGAAAUUGUCUACGGGGGUGAACACAACCAUCCAAAGCCUCAGCCUCCUAAUUAAAAGCAACUCAUCAGGUACGCAAGGGAUAGGAAUUGUAUCCCAGGAGAGAUGGUCAAGAUUUGAGCACUCCAAUAUGGAAUAAUCACCUGAAUGAAACAAAAGAAAGGUCUCGAAAUUAUUAA